AUGCCUUUCCUCGGACAGGACUGGAGGUCACCGGGUCAGAGUUGGGUAAAAACCGAGGAGGGAUGGAAAAGGACAACAACAGACGACAAAUACAAUAAUGUUUCCGGGGACAGCUUCUGCAAGGAAGAGCAGGAGGAGUGCUUCAGCAAGGAGAACCUGCUGCUCUCUCUCAGCUAUGACAUGGCUGCCAAGAAGAGGAAAAAAGACCAAACGAACAACAACACCAAGGUCCCCUAUUUCCACAGGGAAAAGUGGAUUUAUGUUCAUAAAGGAAGCACCAAGGAGCGCCACGGAUAUUGUACACUGGGAGAGGCCUUCAACCGCUUAGAUUUCUGCAGCGCCAUCAAGGACACGAGGAGAUUUAAUUACGUAGUCAGACUUCUGGAACUUAUCGCCAAAUCCCAGCUCCCCUCGCUCAGUGGAGUGGCGCAGAAAAACUACAUGAAUAUUCUGGAGAGAGUGGUACAGAAAGUCCUUGAUGACCAGCAGAAUGUCCGUCCCAUCAAGGAGCUGCUGCAGACGCUGUAUGUCUCGUUGUGUGGUCUUGUCCAGGACAUGGGCAAGUCUGUCCUGGUGGGGAACAUCAACAUCUGGAUGCACCGCAUGGAGAACAUCCUACAGUGGCAGCAGCAGCUGGACAACAUCCAGAUCAACAGGCCCACCUCUACAGGCAUGACUCUGAUUGACCUGCCUGCCAGCCUGCAGCUCAACAUCAUGCAGUGUCUGUCGGAUGGCAGGGACCUGGUCAGCCUGGGCCAGGUGUGUCCCGAGCUGGGGGCCCUCACAGAGGACCGGCUGCUGUGGAAGAGACUCUGCCACUACCACUUCACAGACAGACAGAUUCGAAAGCGCCUGAUGGUGUCAGAUAAAGGUCACCUGGAGUGGAAGAAGAUGUACUUUAAGCUGAGCCGUUGCUACCCUCACAGAGAGCAGUACAGUGACACCCUGCACUUCUGCACACACUGCCACAUCCUUUUCUGGAAGGACACAAACCAUCCCUGCACAGCCAACAACCCAGAAAGUUGCACCGUGUCCCUCUCCCCACAAGACUUCAUCAACCUUUUCAAGUUCUGAUCCCCACAUCCUCUCAAAUCCACAUGAACUCACUGUACAUACUGUAAAUGGAAUUGUAUAAUAUUAUUUUUCUUUCAGAGCACAGCCAAUUCCUGGAUGUAUAUUUAGUUGAUGUCAGACUGGAGGGGGCCUCAGGCAGUGGGACAAUUAUGCAAUUGAGGUUCUUUAGAGAAAGUACACAGGCUUCUGGCUGUUGGAAAUGAGUGAAUGUGACAGAUGAAAAGAAAUGCAGAAGAAACAGGACUGGAUGGAGGAAGGGAGAGCAGAGAUAAAACAUUCUGCCUGUGAAUCUACUCUUAGUUUAACAUGGUUUUUGAAAUGACCCCUCCAAAGUAAAUGCACCGUUUGACGUUGGCUGUUCUUCUCAGUUUGGAGAAUCUGAUUUUCAGACCUUGAAGUUAUUCUUUUCAACAUGGGAAGAUUAUUCAGAUGUUUAUUUUGUGAUUUAUUUGAUAUGAUAUUACAAGGCCUGCUCAUGUGGGGGAUGCAAUGUGUUUGAUUUCCAGAUGAAAAUUGCAAUAAUAAUGUGUUUGGUACUGGGAUGGAGAGGAGUACAUUUGGAGCUGCUGCAGUUCAGAAGAGAUAAUGAAUGUAAGCAGGAGGAUUGGGAGCUUAUCAGUAGACUGAGAGGUGAUUCUUAGACAUGUUAAUACACCACAAUAUGUUUUCUAUUUAGUUUAGUUCUUUUUCACUUUUAUAUGAUUUUAUAUGAACAGUUUUCUGCUGUGGCUGCACCUGAGUGCAGUAUUACAAAAGAUUGUAGUCAGUCAGUACAACAACGGUGUGUGCCUUUUCAUAAAACUUGAAAUUGAUACAGCUUAAUCCUUGUUUGCAAUGUUUUCAGAUCCUGAUGCUGUUUUUGUCAUCAACAAAUGUCUGAUUUGAGUGGCUAAUACCAGCCCUGUCUGAAAAUGUGUAUUUUUUUUGUAGCCUCCUGCAUGAUUUUUUUUUUUUUUCAAAACCCAGCUGAUUGUGUUUACUGUUUAUUUAUUGAGAUUCUAACAUCUUGCACUAAUGGCUUUGAAGGAAAGGGAGAAUUGGUCUAAAUGUGCAGUGUGACCCAGACUUUCUUCUACCACUGCUCAGACAGUGAGGGAUGAUGUACAUGCUAUGCAAUGCGUUGUCUAUGUUCUGUUGAAUAAAUAAAAUAACCUCAUCUGUGGCAUCA